UUAGGUGUAUUCGGUGGCUGAUUCCACUCCGUUAGAAGGGUGCCACGAACUGGCCAUGAAAUAUGGGUCAUUUUGGACCCGCGAAUUCUUCUUCGUCUCGAAAGCGCCUAACACGUUGAACAACGUCAAAGUUGAAUGUCAGCCUAAAAGUGCCACAACUUCCGGAAGGUCCAUUUUCUUUCCCGCGGAUAUUCCAUAUACGGCAACUAAAUUGUCUGACGGAUCCCCCGUGGACCUGUCCGCCAUGAAUCCAUACAAUGAACGAAGCCCAGGCAUCGAUAUCACGGGCUCAGGCAUUCAAAUCGAGAUGGAGGGCACGAACGUGGAACCAUACGUUGUUGGAGCCAAGGUCCCCAUUCAAGGGUUUAUAGAUACCCAUGUGACCAUUCGAUUCCAGCACUACUCGUCGAAUGUGAGCAAGUGGUGGAAUCCGGAUCGAACGGAGGAUAAACCCAGUUUUGUGGAUGGAACAACAUUGCUUUUACAGAAGAGCAAGCAAAUUGGCAAUUUUGGUUAUCAGCAUUUGCAUUACCCAAGUAGCAGUGUCACCAAGGCCAGAUUCGCCUUCAACACGAUACAGAUCCGCGGAUCUGAUACCAAUUUCAAGUUCGACCUCAUUGGAAAUUUUUACAAUCGUUUAACUGAGGCAGGGAAGGAAGAGGAGUCAAAGGUGCAAGGGUGCGAGAUACAUCAUACGGACGCACAUACCGCCAUUUACCAUCACCAACAUUCCGCCCAGGUCGCCGAAAAUCACUGCUCUAGUAAAUGCAGUCCUUGGUAUUACGCUAGUACACGUCGAAUUGGUCCUCGAAGCUAUAAAUGCCUUUGUCACAGUAACACAAACGUGGUGGGGAAAACGGCUGACAAGUGGUGUGGCCAAGCCAUAGAUUGCAUGGAAUUAGCCAAUAAUCAAAUCAAGUCCUUUAAUGACCAGGCUGAUCUGAUGCAUUUUCUGGGAUCGACGAACGAGCUGAAAAUUGCAGGGCAAAGUAAUCCAAGCACAGAGCCCAAUGUUUGUAAUCCAGCUCGGGUCAUCGAUCUAGCCGGAGCUUACACUGCACAUAUUCUCGGCCAAGGAUCGCACAACUUCUAUAACAAAGAAUUGGACCUGAAUCAGGAGUUUAUAUUCCCUGUUUCAAUUUUCUAUAAAACCGUCAAAUUCAAUGUGACUGAUCCGGAGGUGGUUCCGAACUAUCGUCGAAUAUUGAAUCUAGUUGGUUCAUCAACUUUCAGAAGCUCGUUUUUAAAGUUUGAAGAGGAAUCCAUCAAAUCAUUCGCUUACGGAGCCUAUUCACAUUGUCUCAAUCAGUCACAAAUCACUUGCGGUAAUGCCAUGACACAAUUUUGCCACGACGUGUCGAUUUUAGUCCAGAAGACGAUGCAUGCUACCAAAGACUCCGAAAUCAAAUGGGAUGAAUCCCUCCCCUUGGGAUGCAUUAACAUGGAGGCAUUCCUCAACAACAGCUUCUACCCAUUCAAAACCUUGAAAAGAUGGGAACGGAAUUGUAACUCCAUCGCCAAAACAAUCAACAUGCUAUCCUUUCGAGUAUCUGGUGUGCCAACAAAGAACCAAGUCCUGGUUAAUUCGUCAUCUUACGCGACUCCAUUACCUGGAUCUAGCAAUACAUACGUCUGCGACGACCGUAAGGCACAUUAUGCGUAUUUGAACAAUGAUUUACAAGUGAUGGGCAUCGUUAAACAAAAAGUUAACAACCUUGAUCGUUCAUCUGAUACUUGAAAAGCUAAGCAAAUUUGUGAGGCCUUCACUUUUGAUCAAAAGCAACGGAAAGUAAUCGUAAAUCGCUGAGUUAUGACAAAUUUUGUUGCAAGAAAAGCAAUCUACCUGUGAAUGGUAUUUGUGACAAAUGAGCUCAUAGGGGGGUUCCUCUCAUUUGGAACGAAGGGAUUGAUCCCGACAAUUAAGUUGCUCAUUUGAAUUAUUGUUUUAAUAUCAAGCGCCAGUAUUAGAUAAGUUUCGUACCGUUUGUGAAUACUGGACAGUCCCAACCUCA